AUUGACUUUGACAGCUCCACGGAAAACACAAGCGCAUAAAUGUCUCCCCGCGAUAUUUUCCUGAGAAAUGACUUCUACAAAUGAUGGAAAAGACGUGAAAAGUAAUCAAACAAGUGGACACAAAGGCAAAUCAUAUUAUAUUGACCUUUAUACGUCGUUGGAGAAGGCGCUAAACAGCGACGACUCGCUCGAAGAGCGCACAAAGCACGUGUGCGAGGCGUGGCGUCGCGUCUACAGCCUUUACCAGCACUCGGCGACCUCCACACACCCCCACCUGCUCAGCUGGCUGCAGCGACACACCGCCAACACUAUUCUGCAGUCAAAAUGGGCUAAAAGCAAGAAUGAGCAAACUCGACUCACAGAGGCGAUCGACGGGCUGGUCGCCGAGGCGACAGCGGCGUCCGCGGGCCGACCACAACAUCCAUGGGAGCAGGUCUUACUCCAACGGGCCGCGUGGUUCAAGAAGGCCUUGGAGAACCCUUGGGACAAUCCUGUGCUAAAGAGUUUGAUCAACCCUAAUAGCGAGCCAGUCACAGAUCAACAGGUGCUAGAAUGGCUGAUCUCCGAGCACGGGGUCGUGCUGGUCACCCGGCUGCAGCGCAUGGUGGGCGCGGGCAACUGCGACGACCUGGCGCUGCUGCUCGCCUCCGCAGUCAUGGACCGCGCACGCGCCGCCAUCAAACGGUUGGACGACGACUGCGCCGACCAGAAAGUCGAAGAAGAAGACAGCUCGUCGUUCAUCGCCGUGUUAGAGAGAGAGGCCAGCUUCACGUCGCAAGAGUGGGAGAUGCUGACGGACAUCGAGCUUGUUCUACUGCUGAAGACCGACAAGCGACCGCGCUGCAUCGAGCUGGCGAAACUCACCCCUCUGAGGCACGGAUACAAAAUGGUGGAGCGGCUUCGCAAACGGCUCGAGGCGACGCCCCGGGAUAAGAAGUUGUGGAAACACGCGAAAGAGGUCGCCACCAUUGUCACUCAGGUGAUAAUCGCGCGCAGCAUGGUGUUGAGCACUUGCGCGGGCGCAGGGCGGGACGCGCUUUACUGGUGCGCGCGCGCGCUGGCGCGGCUGCUGGCGCCCGCGCGCCUGCGCGCCGCCGCCGCCGCGCUCGCCGCGCCCGCCGCCACCGCCCGCCAUCUGCACACCUUCUGCGCCGCGCUCUCCGCCGAGUGUAAGGAGCUACAAACGGACGUGCCGAUGAAACCGUUCAUAUGCGAGCUGUACGUUCGCUCCAUCACCGCCGGCAUGAACGAACUAGAGCAGCUCAAACUAAAACCUGAAAAGGAGUCGGAGGCGCGGCUGUACUCGCAGACGCUGGCGGGCUGGUUCACGCAGCUGGGCGGGCGCCUGGCGGACAGCGUGCGCCUGCGCGCCGAGUGCGCGCUCACCGCCUUCAGCGUGCACCCCGCGCGCGAGCACUACGAGCGCGUCGCCUGCACCAAGCCGCCGCCGAGGCUGCCGCCUUUCUUCAUCCAGGCCCAAGAAUCCACUCCAGAAACCACAUCGGAGUACGGCAGCUGGGCGAACGACAGCCGAACACAGAGCAACCUCGUCAAAACGUCGGAGACCCUUCAGCUGAAGCAGUCCCAGCAGCACCAGGCUAACGUGCUGUCCACUGCUAUCCUCACUGAAGGGGAGGCUUUGGGGCUGGAGCCAGAACUGUGCCAGGAUCUGGCUGUUCUGCUCUCUGGGCCGAGGGUCAAGACUCUGUCGUGGGAUAUGGACAGGGAGGUUCUCCUGGAGAACUGCCGGUCGUACAUGGAGAAGACCCGCGGAGGCACCCGCGCCGUCACCACCGAGCUCAAGUACCUCAACCUGGACCCCAACGCCUACCAGCAUCUGCCCGAGGAGGAGGAUGAUGAGAAUGAUGUCUAUUACGGCAUUGAGAAAGGGUAUGAACAUGAGGUCCAAUUCGAGGAGCCAGAAGAGAUAUGGCAAAACGCAUUCUUCGAUCCCGAACAGACGGAAAGUGCCGACGACAGCGAAGUAGAUCGGGGAUUCGGCAAGAAAAAGUCUAAGGCAAGUGUCGUCGAUUCUGAAGACGAAGACCCGCUCAGCACUAUAGCAGACGCCAAGAAGGAAAAGAAAAAACGCGCAAAAGAGAAGGAUAAGGAACAGAGAAAGAAGAAGACACACAAACGAGAUGACAGCAAAGAUGGCAGCACGGAGCGACGAAAAGACAAAGAUAAGAAAACCAAAAAGGAGAGAAAGAAAGACAAGUCUGAACAACCAGCGGCAGGGUCAUUGAACUGUUUACUGGGAAUGAAAGUCGCUAAAGUGUCCUCACCAGUGCAGGAUGGAGAAAAGAGAGUAAGAAAGAAAAAGGAACGUCGAAGAGAGUCCACGUUUAGCUACGUUAGUGUCACUAACAGUGAUCAAAUCUCAGACGAUCAUAGCGUUCUGGUCGAUGGAGUGUUCUCUAUGGACGAACUCAAAUCGCCAGAAAGACUUAGUGCAGAUCGUCAAAAACUAGACAAUACUAAAACUACAAUUAAAAGUGAGAUGCAAAGCCCUGUGAUAAAUGACAUUAAAACUCGACCCAUGAGCUCACCAACAGUCACGACGACAAGUAGUGACUCUGAUGUGACGAGAGCGAAAUCGCCUUACUUGACGCCUAACCAACUAGCUCACAGACACGUAGUCAACCCACAAGUGAAAUCCAGUCUACACAAACUCCUACAGUUUAGAAGGAACCAAAAUAAACUAAGAGCCGUGGCUAGACCAGCUCCAGCCCAUACUCAAACACAGACCAACUUGGCUAGACCACCCUCAGCCUUUACACAGACAUAUACCAACUUGGCUAGACCACCCUCAGCCCAUACUCCAAUACAGACUAACAUGGUUAGACCAGCUCCAAGCCAUACUCCGACACAUACCAACUUGGCUAGACCACCGCCGGCACACACUCCAACGCAAGGCAGUUCACUUGUUGGCAUGAAAAUAUACAAUCCAGAUGAUGUACCUAAGGUCUACUUGAAUAAAAAACAAUGUAAACAAUUGGAAACUAUGUCAAAUGACAUGAAUAAUAUAUUGAAAGGCACUAUUGAUUAUAUGUCUAGAACACCUUGCAAAGAGUCUAAAGAUAAACUACAGAGUCAGCAGAUUGUAUAUAACUCACAGAAGUAUCCGCAGCAAUACAAUGAUCCGGUGCACAUGUCACAAAACGUGCUGACUGAAAGCCAAAAACUUAGUGAAUACACAACACAUAGUCCCGUAAAAGCUGUACAGAAUGUGAUUCUUAACCAGUCACUAAAUAGUACUCAAACAAACUACGCUUCUCCGGCGAAAACAGCAGAACAUGUGAGGCCGCAUGAUCUAAAUGUUACGCCACCGAAGCCAACAAUAGUGUAUCAUCCCUUACACAAAUCCAUGCAAAACUUAUCUACGGAUAAACAAGAACUUCCGAAGAAACCGCUUCUAAUAAAUGACCCUAAUUACUUCAGUCAGCAGCACGUAAAAGCUAAUGUUUCACAGCUCUCGCCAAAAAUUAUUAGCAAUACCGUCAUUAAACCACCAAGUCAAAUCACGACGGCUAAAGAUGAUUUCACUAAAUCGCCAGCGAACAGCAAUAUACAUCGAACUUAUAUGUCUAAACCCGUGCAAAAUGUAAAUAGUCAAAUGACGAAUUUGAAUAGCGAGCUUAUGCGAUCACAAACGUUGUAUGAGAGGCAAAAGCUGAGCAAUUCUAUGCAAAAUAUUACAGAGGUACCAACAUCGAGUUACAAUGCUACAAAAAGACACAUCCCUACACCUCAAGAUAUGCUACAUGGUCGAGCAAGUAAUGUGAAACCGUAUAAUAUUACAUCGCACAGUGAUGCAUUAAAUUCGGCUCAACCCUUGCAUUCUAAUAAUAGCGCACAAACUUGUCGAAGUGGUACAAUUCAAAACCGAGAGAGAGUUGAUACUAAGACUCCACUUAUAUCAGAAACUAAUGAAAUUGACGAGUUUUUGAAGGAAAUUUAUAAAUCUAUACAUGCAGGCGCUGACAAAAAUGUCUCUGUAGCUUUAAAUAAAGAUGUUAAAUUGACUAUUCAAACACCUUCAACAACAGUAAAAAGGACAGAUUUAGUAACUCCUCAAUGUGCCAAACAGCCGUUACAACAAAAGAAAUCUGAGAAUGUUCCUACCACUUUCUCUCGACUCAGUUACAUGCAUAAGAAUAAGCAAAACGAAAUCAAAGUACCGCUAACAGACUCUAUUAAUGUAGAACUAAACAAAAAGAUAAUUGAACACAAAUUAAGUAAGGCCAAAUGCCUGAAAAAUGAAAUAACAAUAUCUAGGGUCGGUAUAACGAACCCGGAUGCACGAGACCCACAGAAAGCGAUUAGGAGAAUCGACCAAUCUGGCUCGGCCUUAAAGAGAGGUUGUCCCCUACUGUCUAGUAUGUUAGAGUCUACAGGGUCUCCUACCGUUCAGCCUCAUAGCAAUACGCCUACCACCAUUCACAAUGCUGCUGACAAUCUGCCGAAUAGAGAAGACGCGGACUUACUACUCCUACUGCGCAAUCCAACUCUUAUGAAACCAAAUGUCAAUAUAUACAUAGAUAAUGCCUCAAUGGGGUCUUUAACGAGCGACGGAUCGCACCAGACUCUAAAUCCUCAAACUAAAGUAGAAACUGAGGUUUCAAAACAAACAUUAGUGGGCACCAAAGUAAAAAACAUCAAUAUCCUAGACACAUGCUCGACGAAGAAAGAAUCAUCGUCAGAUGAUGAGUGGAAACGCGUUAUGGAUGCUAUAAGAGCCCGAAAAACAGAGCCGCUUGGUCCUAAUGCCUUAGAGCUAGCGCUAAAGAAAGACCCAGGAAAAUAUUCUCAAGGCAGUUCAAGGACAAGUGGCAAGCGUGUGAGCGAGCCUGGACAAAGUUUAUUACAGAAUAAAUCUUCUGACACUAAGAAACGCGAACACUAUAGCUCAAAAGCUAGCUCAACUACUCGUAACCCAAGCACUGAUAAACAUUCCGAAGUACCUAAAAAGCCUAGAAAUGCUGAAGUUAUCAAAAAGACAUCUUCAGAAAUGCUUAAGAAACUUGAAGUCCACAAUAAACAAUCUAGUCAAAAUAUGACUAGGGAAGUUCCUCGUACUUCCGCGAUUCCUAAUUCAGAUUUCGAUAUGCUAGACGAUCUAAUAGACGACGAUUUACGUCGAGAAUUAGGAGAAAUAUCUUCUGACGAGGACGCUUAUACCGUUCAAACUGCACCAGUGGUGGCUAAAGGGAAAAGUCAUAGACACAUUCCAAAAUCAAACUCUAAUGUUUCCAAGGCAGCUAGUACAUCUAAGGAAAAAACACACAUUGGUAAUCCUAAGACAAUCAUACGUAAAAAUCAAACCAAUUCAACUGCAGCAGAUAGUUUCGGUGGUUCUGGCGUGAAUACCUACUCCACAACUGACUAUACAACUGUGAUAGUAAAUAAUUCUAGUCAUCCAGCUGCAACACAUAAAGAAAACAGUCCAACAGAAAGUAAAUCUGAGACGGUGCAGCAAUAUGCACCAACUACCACAAUCAUAACAGAUCAAGUAGCUCAGAAUACAGCUAACAAUAUACUGACGCAUAUAGAAGCGCACCAAUAUGUGAACAAUAUUUUACCGACGAAUGUAAUACUUGCAUCGGUGCCCCAAUCUGCGCCUGUUGUUGUUAUACGCCAAGAUCUUGUUUACGAUCCAUACCCAACGAUACGUAUCCAUGAGAGUCAAGUGAAUGCCGAACUUUGCGCAAUAAACCAAAAUGUAUUUGCUGUAAACGCAGCCCCUAAUUUAGCAUUAUACCAAACUACGCAGUUUGCCGCACCGGUCAUAAAUCCAUUCAUUAUCGGCAACGCUACGACUACCACGAAUGUAUCAAACCCAACCGCAAUCGGAAAUGAACACGUCACUCAAGACUUCGAAAAAGAGGAUUUGGACACGCCAGUUGAAGAUAGCAUAAGCUUGGAAACUGCACUUAGACUUUCAGAUGCCGUAAGUGAGACUCCCGAACCUCCAAACCUAGAUUUUAAUAUGAACAGGAAUAGUGAAAGAAAGGUGCUAACUAAAGUGCAUGAAAAUCAUACGGAUGAUGUCGAAAAGGAAUCUCAUAUAAGCAGGUUGUCGAAUGACGAUGUCCCUUUGAAAACGGAACAAGACAAGCAGAGAAUAGAACUAAAGCGCCAGUCCCUUAUAAAUAGAAAGAUAAGUCACUUGGGCGGGCUUCCACCUAUAGCUCUCACGUACACACCGUUAAGUAAAAACGUAACUCUAGGAAAGCUUUUACAACAGGAAUCGCCGAAAAACGGCACUGUUAAACCUAAUCCCAGAUUAAUGCCAAGCACUAAAAAUGGCAUUGUAGCGGCAACCGCAAGUGUAAAGACUCCAGCAACUGAAGCGAAUAAUGAAAAUAUAGUUUCUACAGUUCAAGCGUCAAGUGCAAAAGAGAACAAACAAUCUUGCCGUCGUAUUUGGCUAAGAUCAUCGAAUAAGAUAACAAAUAAAAAAGUGGCACCUGUUAAACGUCCUCGAAUGCCACUUAAUAGAAAUACAAUCAAACUAAAAGUAAAAGAUAAUGCUAUUACGCAUGAGAAUACGACUGUUACUAUUGUAAAAAAUGAAAAUAAAGACAGCAUAAAAAUGACAAAGCGUGCUUCAAAUAGAAUACUCAACAAAAAUAAAAAAGAUAAAAAUGAACCCUCAAGUCCAUUAGAAACGCAACAAAAUGUUGCUGAUACUAACGAAUUAAUUGAUUUUGAAGAAGAGCUAAACAGUUCUAUAGUAUUAAAGUCCUCAGUUGCAAUGCUUGAGGCUCGCAAGCUUGAAGAUACAUCGAUGCAAGAACUGGAAUCAAAUGAUUCAGUAACAGAACAAGAUAAACAAUUAGAAGUUAUCAAAAAUACUGAAGUCACAUCUCAAUUUAAUAAGAAAUUGGAACCAACAGUAGUGAUAAAAAAACUAAAAGAUCAACUAGGCGGUCAAAUUGUUAUUAAAAGUACGUCGGCUCACAAGCCUGAAGAUACAUCAAAUGAUUCAGUAACAGAACAAGAUAAACAAUUAGAAGUUAUAAAAAAUACUGAAGUCACAUCUCAAUUUAAUAAGAAAUUGGAACCAACAGUGGUGAUAGAAAAACUAAAAGAUCAACUAGGCGGUCAACUUGUUAUUAAAAGUACGCCGGCUCACAAGCCUGAAGAUUUAUCAAAUGAUUCAGUAACAGAACAAGAUAAACAAUUAGAAGUUAUAAAAAAUACUGAAGUCACAUCUCAAUUUAAUAAAAAAUUGGAACCAACAGUGGUGAUAGAAAAACUAAAAGAUCAACUAGACGAUCAGCUUGUUAUUAAAAGUACGCCCGCCAAAACAUCUGUGAAGGAAGCAAUUGUUAUCGCUAAAAAUCAGAAUUUAACAAUAUUAGCAAAUAAAGAUAUAGAUAACGACACUAACGACUGUGUUAUCGCCAAAAAGUGUACUUCGAAUAAAAUCGAUGUAAAAGCAAUACCCAAAACUUCUGGUUCUGAAGCUACCGGCCCUCCGCUUGUUGUUGAUGAAGCAAAUGAGUUAAAGGCAACUGUAAUCGAAGACAAGAAAGUCAUUAAACAAAAUACUGCAGUUGAUUCAACAAUUCUGCUUGGUGAAACUAAUAAAUUGAAGUCGGUGGUAGUUGAUGACCAAAACUGUGUAAAACAAGAUCUGGCUGUCAAUUUACCGCUUAAUGAUCAAAACGUGGUUAAACAUUCUGAUACAACAGGAAAUGUACCUAGUUCAGUUCAGAGACGUGGUUAUAUAGAAGUCCGAAGAGAUGAAUUUAAAAAUAAUAAGUCACAAAUAUUGAAUAUUGUUUCGAACACAGAGAUGCCAACAGAUACAACGACGGUCAUCAAAUCCAACACUAUUAUUAUUUCACCAAAUACAGCAGGCACUACGAUGCCAACAAAUGCUGAAAGUGAAAUAAAUAUUGAAACCGAUCCGCGAACACCAGCGCAACAACCACCCCUAGAGUGCCCUAACGUUAAUAAUAGUCCCGUGUUGGUGGUGGAAGACGAUGUUGAGGAAAUCAUCGAAACUUCAACAGCAGAAACUCAACAAAAGAACACGACGGAUGUACAUUCAAAUACUGCAAUACUAAAAUGUAACCCGCUUGAUGAAACUUUGAGUAAAGGGCAACAGGAAACCAUAGAUACAAGUAAGUCGCUUUUGUGUAAGGAAAAUAUCAAUGAAGUUCUCAAUGACAAAAGUGCAAAUCAGAACUUUAGCACUGAAAAGGUGGAAGAACACAAAAUUGUCGAUCGACAGUUAUCAAACCAGAAACAGUCUAAUAUAAAUGCCAAGCCAGAAACACAACAUGACAAUCUUAAUGAGAUCGAAAGGCCUGAAUUACAAACAACGACUAAUGCAUUGAUAAACGCUAGUCGUAAAAAUGCCAUUGGUAUUGAAAAUAGUGAAAAGACAGGGACAUACACUAAAGGAGAUAUAAAAAUUGAAGAAGAACCUUUAGACGACCCAAAUAAAAAAAUAGUUCGCGUUUCUCUUCCGAAUGGCAAAGUAAUCAAAGCUACGUUUACAGGUAAAGUACAUGCUGAUUUCGAUUCUUUGUUCGAGCACCCUACCAUGCGGGCUAUGCUAGAGGGACACGCGGGAAAAUACAAUGUGAAUUAUAAACAAGUCCAGAUGAAUAAUGAUACCACUAAAAUAUUUUAUCGAAUUCAGGAUUUACGUAUUAAACAGGCAGACGCUGCGUCUAAACCUAUUGAUACUGUAAAUUUAAUCAGUGACGACGAAGACGACGAGCUACAGACUCGUAGUUUUAACACUGAAUAUGGCAAAUAUUGCACCAAUCAUGAUCAAGAAACAAUUGCCCUACAUCAGAAAAAGUUUGACCAAAGAUGCGAAGUCAAAAUGCUUAAAGGUGACUUAUUUAAAAGCAAUAGAACGAAGCCCAAAUCAAAAUCAUUGCCGUUGGAAAAGAACUCAUUACUGACCAGACAUCAGACUAAACUGUUAUCUUUUGCAUCAUCUAUGACAAGUAUAAUUACUCAAGAAGUUGACUCUAAUGCUGAUAAAUUAACCCAUGCACAAACGGCACCUACUCCUUUAUUGGCACAAACUACUCCUAUAGUUUCAGAUACGACUGAUGUCAUAGAAAUUGACGAUUCUUCUAAUGACGGCGUAGAAACCCAAACACUAGAGUCUGACGAUAAUAAAAACAUUGAACCUGUAAAGGCCGUGUUGGCGAAUUUAUUGUUACAAAAUCUUGGUGUAGAAACAGACAAAGUUAACCUCCCUUCUCCUGUCAAGAGUGGAGCCGCUGUUGUUAAUUUGAAGAGCGCACUACUACAAGACCUAGGCAUAGUUCCUGCGGAAACUCCAGUAAUUGACAUAACUGAAAAUGACGACGAGGAAGUGGUCCUUUUAGCAGACGUUCAGCAACAAAAUAAAAGUUGUGACGAAACCAAAAUGGUAACUAAUGUUGCGACGGAAGAAAAUAAGAUAAUCAGAAAUGAAGAAAAAUAUAAUCUUAAAAAAUGUGUUGUGAAAAUUGUUAAAUGCGAAACGCUUAUUAAGAAAUAUGAACUUAUGAAAAAAAUGAAGCAUUGCUAUGUUAAAAUGGAGCGGCUUAAUAACUCAAUUCUUCAAACUGAACGCGUUUGUAGAAGGGGUGAAAAGACAAGUGAUAGAGAAACAGACGAGAUUAACCAAGACAAUGCUGACGAUUUCAUUGAAUUUGAUGUUGAUGAACCAUGUAGUUCACCACAGUUAUCACGUUGUCCUUCAUUAUCAAUUUUAAAUAGUUGGGAUGAUGACAGUCAGCCUUCUCUGGAAAACCCAUACUGUACUUCACCGGUUAUGGAGAUUUACGAUACGUUAGUACAGUUGCGCAAUAAACUAAAAACUGAAUUGGUCAAAGAAUCUAAAGUACUGCUUCCAUCGACUUGUGAUUCUGAAUGGACCAUGACAAAAUUUGGAUAUAGUACUCAAGAAAUUCUAUCAGCGUCAUCUAACGUACCAGUAACAGAACUCCGAAAUCUGUUGCCCGUUUGUGAUAACAAUAACACUGAGAGUGCAGAAAAACUUAUAAUGGCAUUCGAAACACCCAAACUUCUAACGAUAACACUAAAGUUCCUAGAAGAUAAUCCCAAUUUACUAUGCCGUUGGGAAUUUGCGCGAAGAAGAGAAUUAAUUUUAAAAAUCAAAUCUUCGCCAAAUAAAUUAAAAAGAAAAGCGGAAGAAGUUGGAGGUGAUAUUGUUUCGAGUAAAGUAUUGAAAUUAAGGACAUUAGCGUUGAAAAGUUUCAACUCCAGCCUUGAAACUCCUAGUAUGGCCAUAAGUAAAGAAAAUAUGGACUUCCAGUCAGACACUUUUGAAGCUCAACCCAAAUAUAAAACUACGACUGUCGAAAACAUUGAAGAUGUUUGUCUGAUUGUGCAAACUGACAAGACAAGUAACAAUGAUAUGAAUUCUCAAAGUGAGGACAAGCACGAAGAGACUAAUCUACAAGAUACAAAGAUGAUUGUCGAUUCCAUCAUCGAUACAGAAACGGAAGAGUUGGAACCAGCUCAAUCUGAUACAAUCAUGGGUGACGAUAAUGUAUUGCAAUCGAAUGAGGUUCAAAAUAGUGUUACAUGCUUGCCUAACGAUAUUGACACGUUCGACAAAGAUUUUGAACCAGACUAUCGAGAAGUAUCUUCCCCUUCAUUACUCAGCGAUUAUGUUGAAACUUUUGAUGAAGAAAAUAAAAUAAACAAAAAUUUCUUCAAUCAAGAGGUAGUAAACGAUAAUACGCCCUAUUCGAAGGUGAUUACAGCGCACAAUCUAGAACUAAUGUCUCCGCCAUCGCUUAGCGAUAGUGCCGGAGGUGAUGAUGGAGAAAAACAAACAAAUACAGCCGGUGUUAACGAUUUGUCAACAAACGAUACACCUACACAUUCGAGGGAUGACAAUUCUGGCAUAUGUCUGGCAAAAGUUGGAGAUGAAAACGCCAAACUGACCUCUCCGCCACCGUUUAGUAGUAAUAACAAUGAAAAUGGCUAUGAAAAUAAACGAACAAGUAUAAGCGUUAGCAAUGAAGAGACAGAGCUGAAUGGCCUUUCACCUUUAAAGGAAGUAGAUAAUUUAGUCGCGUGCUCACCUAAAGAAAUUAACUCGUCAGAAGUCAAAGAUAUUAUAGAGGACAUUCAAGAAGUAACGUCACCAUCGCUCACCAAUAACAAUGAAUUUGAAAAAGAAAGUGACAUAAGUAUUAAUAUCAAUAACGAGGAGACAGUAAAUAAUUUAUCACAGUCGAACGAGGUAGAAUAUUCCGCCGCAUCAUCUAGCGAAACUGAUGGUUUAGACAGAGACAUUAUAGAGGAUAACCAACAAACAAUAUCCCCGCUGCCACGUAACGAUAAUGCUGAAGCUGACAGAAAUAAACAUAUAGGUAUUAACUUGAUGGAUGUCAUAGAGGACAGCCAAGAAGUAACAUCGCCAUCGCUCACAGAUAAUAAUGAAUUUGACAGCGAAAAUGAUAUCAAUAUUAAUAUCAAUAACGAGGAGGCAGUCAAAGAUGUAUCACAACCGAAGGAGGUAGAAUAUUCCGCCGCAUCAUCUAACGAAACUGAAGGUUUAGACAGAGGCAUUACAGAGGAUAAUCAACAAACAACCUCUCCGCUGCCUCGUAACGAUAUUUCCGAAACUGACAAAGAGAAACAAAUUGAUAUUAACUUGAGCAGUGAAGAGGCAGUAAACAAUAUGUUACAAUUGAUGGACGUAGAAAGUUUCGACUCUUUCGACAAAGACAUACUGACAACUGACAACCAAGAAGAAAUGUCUCCACCGCCGCUUAGCGAUAAUACUCAAACUAGCGAUGGAGAUGAAGCAAACGAUCUAUUACAAUCGAAGGAGGUAACAAGUUCUGCUUCAUCACCAAGCAAAGCUGAUUUCGGAAAAGAUUUCUCCGAUGACAAUCAAGAAGAUAUGUUUCCUCCACCGCUUAGCGAUAAUACUGACACUGACGAUGAAGAGAAUCAAAUGAGCAUAAUCAACAGCAACAACAGACAGUCAAAGGAGGUAGAAAAUUACUUGGUUGGCUCACUAAGCGAAAUUGACUACUCCAACAAAGACAAUAUGGAGGGCAUCCAUGUUGUAACUGCGCCAAAACCUUUUAGCGAUAAUAGUGAAACUGUUUAUAGUGACGAUCAAAUAAGUAUAGACCUCAGUGAAACUGUCACUAGCGACAAGGAUGCUACAGAGGAUACACAAACAUUAAACUCUCCCAUACCGCUCACCGAAGCUACUGUAACUAAAGAAAAUCAGAUGAGUAAAAAUGCCAGUAACCAAGAUCCAACUACCGACACUUUGCAUAUAGAAGAAAUGGAUAUCAGUGAUAGAUUAGAUGAAAUAUCUAUAGACGAGUUACCUGAAGUAGUUUCUGAAGUUGUGGUUAUUGCUACAGACGUUCCCGAUAUAGAUAUUGUUGAAACGUUGAUGACCAGUAAAGAAAUAACCCAAAUGGCUAAGGAGGAUGCUUCGGCAAUAAAUCACGAUUCGGAGAUUAAAUCACCAGAUUUUAUAGAUAGUAAGACAAUCACUUUUAAUUAUCAUGAUUAUACUAAACAGUCUAAAAAGAAACAAGACAUUACUACAACAAAUUCAAUAAGUAUUACUGACUGCACAAAAAAGAAUGUAACUGACUUUAAUAUCGAAAGUUUAAGUUUAAUGGAGCAGUCUAGAAAGGACACACCAUCUUGUGAAAUAAUUACUAACAAAAAUUGUCCUCUAAAAUCAAAGCCGGAAUGCAAGUACGAGUUAAUUCAAGAAGAUGAUUUCUUAACUGUAAACAUCACAACUGAAAAUGAUGAAGACAAAACAAAAGCUGUAUGUUCAAGUCCCAACGUUGUUGAGGAAGACACAGUUGUCGUUGCGUCGCCUUGCUCUAAUAAUGCUGAUGAUAUCAAUCUCAAAGGUUUUGAGUUUGAAGACGUAUACAUAUUUCCACUAAGCCAAGCAGGCAGUAAUAACAGCAACCUAUCUAACGACAGCCUUGUUCAAGAAUCAAAUAUUGAAAGCGCGACUUACGAUGUACCGAAUGAUCUACAUGAUAUCGAUUUUCACGUAAAAGAACCUGAAAUGACGUAUUCCAGAAAACGUAAAAUGAGCAUGAGAGAAGUAAAAGUUUCAGAAAAGAAAUAUAGGAAAGGUAAAAAUAUUGACUGUUCAAAACAAACUCAAUUUAGCAUGAUCGAAUUAGCCUACAGCAAAGAAUAUAAGAGACUACUAGAAUAUUGUUCGUCAGUUAAGUUUUCAUAUUCACGCCCUUUUCAUAAAGAAUGCAUUGAAAUUGAAGAUCUAAUGGACAACUGGCCCAUAAAUAGCGUUUGUUAUGAUGUCGCUCUAGACGAUGUAUGUGAUGAACGUUUAUUUGUUGAUUUAGAAGAUUAUGAUAGUUUUCAACCGGAUCCCGCAACACAAACAUUUGUUGAAGAAAUUAGUUACGAAUAUAAUAAAACUGAUGCCGCCCAAGAAGACCCAAAAAUUGAGGCUAGUGAAACAAAUUUCAAUAUGGGUUUUGGUGAGGGGUCCGGCAGAGUCAUCCAAAUUUUGAAAAAACAAAGCGAAUCAAAUAUUUCGGCUGCGACUCUGUCGGACGUAAAGCAAUCUCAGCCGGUUUCUAAGUCCGUAGACCCCGACGACUGCAAGCAUGUAACAACGAACAACGACGAUGAAAUAAAGAAAAUAAGGCAACAUGUGAAUUUCAUCGAACUACGGGAUAAGGUUCGGCAAUUUUUUAAGAAAUCAACAGUUGAAUUAAAAUCUGACUGGGUAAAGCAAAACACAAAAGAUGAAUUUCCACCGGAAGAUUUCCCUUUUGGUCUUUGUAGUUUUGAUUAUGUAAAACCAGUUCCAACAAACGUCAUAGUCCAAGUGGUUCAAGUAGGCCAGCUUCCCGUGAGUGCAGCUGCUCAAAAUCCAGUAACUUGUGACCCGCGAGUGACACAGGUUUCGGACGCCAGUCCGUCCCAGUGUUCAGUGGACAAUAGUCCCAACGAUGAUUCUCAAUCUGAAAUAAAAACCGAAUAUACAGAAUUAACAACUGCCGAUUUGUCCUUACCUCUCCAAGAAUAUGCACAGCAAAAUCAAGCUAAUCUCGCAUCUCAAGACAGUAACGUUGAGCUUAUUGAACAAACGAUUUCACUUGAAAUGGAAAUAAAAGCAGAAGAAAGCCCUGAAAUAAAACAAGAGCUGCCAGACAUCAAAGAGGAGAAAAGUAAUUCUUCUGAUACAGAGUUGCAUACUCUAAACAACACAACGCCCGAAAAUACGGAUUACUCAUUCGAAAAUAAUACAGCCAAGUCUGAUGCCAGUAGUGUAAAUUAUGACUCUUCUGAGAAAAACAGUUCUGAAACGUUCCCUCAGCAACGGCAACAAAAUGGAACCUCGGAGAAGACGGAUCAAAUCGCACAUGCGAUGAGCGCUGCUGGCAUCACUACAACACCAGAGGCUGUAACUAACACUAGAGCUCACGCUUUAGUAAAUAUCCUUUCGCAAAAGAUACGACAAGGCUCCGUAAAUACCACGCAAACUACCACAAAUACGUAUUCAAAGACAUCAAUUAACGCAAUGGCUCUACAGCAAGCCUUAGCCCAAAUUUUACCCCCACCGUUGAAUCAGACGGGGUCUAGUGAAAACAGCCAAUCACAGUCGACGCCAGUUGGGCCUCAAGUUUUGCAUAUUGUGCAAGGAAAGAAUUCUUCAGGCAAUCAGAUUACUCUUGUAGAUAACUCUCAACAGUCUGUUAUAAGCACGCCUAACGCUACCCAGGUCCUGCAUAUCGUGCAAAACAAAAAUGCGACAUCGGGCCAAGCUUCAAAUGGAACUCUAACACCACAAGCUAAUUCAUUUAGCGGCCUCUCAUUGGUCGAUGCCGGUCUCCAACAGGGCGGGAACCAACUACUCCAUAUUGUCAACACAGGAAACCAGAAGACUGGUAACCCUGGCCAGUUACUAAAGCGUGUCAAUCUUCUAACGAAUCUUACUAAUGUACAAGGGUCAAAUGAGCAAAAAAUGGUACAAUUCGUGUGCAAGUCUGCGGACGGCAAAGCUAUUCAACUGAACGCACCACAUCAGCGAAGUAUGGUCUUAAGGCUGCAGCCUAUUGAGACUCCCAAUGUUCAGGCCCCGGCUACGAAACCUGCGGAGUCUCAAGAACUUAACACAUCACCAACUGGUUCGACUACCAAUAAAGAAAGCGCUAGCCAACAAGAAAUUAAGUCUCGUUCCAUCUACGAAGAAAAUUACGCUAAAUUCAUACAGAACUCAUCCAGCAAAACGCCUGGCUUAGAAAAGUCUACUAGCUUGCCAAAAUUCAACCAAGCUUUUGGCAAACAAGUAUUUCAAGAAGGCAGUCAAAAACAAGGUGAAACUGCAACUAACAAUUCUCAUUUAACUCCCGUGAACAACAACUCUGAGAAUGCUGAAUGUCCGGCGAACGAUAAUGCAAUUAACUUGGAGCACAUGGGGAAUAUUUCAAGUCCGCCACUACUCAUUAGGAAACCAGUAGUGACUACACAAUCGCAAUCCAAUAUCGUGCAACAAAUCAAGCAAACAAUCGCGCCCAUGAACAUUCAAACUAUGCACGGUGGCGUCAUUUACACGCGUCAAAUACCUGUCAAUAUUGGUGGAGGGCAAACUAUAAAUUUAAUAACAGUCCCUAGCACAGAGUUAAUAAAUGAUGACUCAUCUAAAACACAAUCUCAAAACAACCAGGGAGAAAUCGAGCCUUCUAUUAUAAAAAUUGUCCCUCAAGGCCAGACUUCAACAAAUAAUGACAGUUCGCAAGAAGAAAGUAAUAGUCAUGCAAGUGGUUCGAACGAAAAUGCUCCAACUCCUCAGCCACAGCCAGUUUUAACGCAAAUGAGAAUAAAACUACCCAUGUUGAGUAAAGCCCCUCAAAUGGUGCCCGGUGCUAGAGUCGUUAGGCCAUCGUUUUUCCAAAUCCAAAGAAACGUUAUUGGCGGUGCUAACCAACCGGUAUACCAACAACUUGUGUUAACAGCCGCCCCGCCACUGGGCCAACAAACGAUUAGAUUGCCAUCUCAAGCAAGCCGGCCCGUUAAAGUCCCUUCUGAAAAUCAAUCGUCCUCUUCUGAAUCUCAGAUGAGCUCGUCCACAUUAGAACAACUGCGAGAAUUCGACAUGGUUUUAGAACAAGUGAAAGAGAGAAGCACAUCUACGCCAAGUGCAAACUCAAACAAUAGCUCUUUUAAAAUUCAUUCUUCAGACACUACCGAUGGUAACGCUUCUAGCAACUGUUCUACAGAAUCAACCUCGCAAGUGCUAUACUCUAUCGGAAAUAAUCAGUCACUAAAUGUGGCGUAUGUUAACAGAAAAACUACUGUGACUACUCCGACGACGUCAACUUACGUGCGUUCGCCGGACUCCUCGGGUAUCGCAGAUUCACCGACAUCUUCGACGCACGCAAUAACUCACACAGUGACCACAGACUCAUCCCCCACUGAAAUGUCUUCCCAAUCAAAACCGAAAGUGGGCUCUAAAUCAAAAUCGAGACCGAAAUCAACCUCAAAUCCACCGAACACCCUUAAAUUGAGUUCCUCUGUUCCGCCAAAGACUUCAUCGCAGAAACCUUUAGAAGACGAGCAAACUACCCAAAGGAUACUGUACAUACUGGCUGAAUAUAAAGAGCAAGUUGAAAACUCACCAGAUAAAGAUAAACCUGCACCACGUAGGAGGUCGAAUCCGCCUUCGAACCCUGGGUCAUCGAAACGCAAGAAGAGUUCCAGCUCACGCCGAUCGGGUACGAGGGAUACGAGUCCCGUCCACGGUGAAGACACCUGCCGCACGAUGGGCUCGGAAGACAGUAGCUGCGGUACUUCUCAAGGGGACUGUACAGAAAGCUGCCUAGACAGUCACUCUCCACAAGACAGUCCGCGUAAAGUGGCCCGAAAGAUAACAUUUGAUCAAGAUCUGACGGUCACUCAACCUCGGCCUCAACCUCAGAGAAAUGUUAUAGUAGCUGACGGGCAGACGAUCACCGUCGCUCGCGGGACCACUGGAAAACCAGCCACUGCAGUACUGAUGCCCGCUAACUACAUCUUACCAGUGUCUAUGGUGAAAGGCGGGCAGCAGAUCGCUAUUGUUACCAAUCGAGGCCCGAAAUUAUUGACUGUUGGAGGCGAAGGCGGCGCGACCAACGCGCUGCUGCUUCAGCGGUUGAUAGGGCCGGCGGGUUUGAAGCCUGUGUUGGCCCGUCCGGGGGUUCGACACGUGAGGCUGCCUACGGCUGCCUUACAUAACCUUCAAGCGUUUAACUUGGCAACAGCGACAACGGUUCAGCCUCCAGACAGCACAGCGUCGCCGACACCGGGUCCAACGCCUCCUGAGCUCGUCGAUACGCGGGCCACCAGCUCACCCUGGACUGAUCGGGACGAGGUGAAGCCGGAGCGCAGCUCGAGCCCCGAGGGCUCGGAGCCCUGGAACCUCCCAUCCACCGACGCGCACGAUUACACCUACGAAGAGACCGUGCGCACUGACAACAUGGACCGAACCGUGCUGGAUCAGAUCCCAGAUCGAUACAGUCCCGAUAUGGAAGCGCAAAGGAUAUUUGAUAAGAUGUUCGACGUAGACUCGAAAAAGUCAUACGCCGUCGAUUCGCCGCGUUGCGCGUACGAUAUAGACCCGUCCGAUUGCGACGAUAAGGCCUACCAGGUUGUGCAAAAGAAAGACGGUUCGCAGAGGCAACACAGGCUUGCCCACGUGUCGGCUGCGGCCCUGAGGCACAAGUACGCUAUACUGGAACACGAGUUGAGAUUACAAAAAUCUUUAUCGGAGGAGUGCGAAGACUUGGGAGUGGACUCCCCCUCCGCAUCAGAGCUGUUCCCCGAGGCGGAGCUGCUUUUUGCCAACUCACCUGCUCAUGAGCACAACCAAGAACAUCAUUCGCACACCCCUCAACCCCUCCAAACCUCGAUACCCCAACCGGACAUGGACGACCAAAUCGCCACGGACCACCUGAUCCCGCGCGAGAUCGACGUCAGCCUCGGCCUGGGUGACGUCGGCAUAGUGGCCGUCAGCGAAGACGGCAGCGCCACUAUAGCGCUGGAUCAGGAGGAGUUCGCGAGGUCACAUCCCAAUACGACGUUCCACAGCGAACCGACGGAAGGAGAGGUGCAACCCUUUACGAUAGCCGGGAUCAAAGGCCGCCACAUCACUUCAACGAUAUUCCACUCCAAUAGCGCGCCAGCCACCGUGCUAAUGACCGCUCCUCAAGCCACCGUCAUCUCACAGGCUCCAGAGCACAGCGUCAAGUACGAGAUAGAAAACAUGAUCAACUCCAUGCCUAGCUCCCACAACAAUGACAUCAACCUCUCUUCCGUCCUGGUAAAAGAUGACGGCUUGACCAGGUUCGACAAUAUCCUCACAGGCUCCAGGGAACUACAUCUGACCAACACGACGUCCGCCAUAGUCCACUCCUCGGGUAACGCCACCCAAGUCAUCAGAAGAGUCUGCUACGAGGACGAUAAGAGAGAAAGGGACGCCAGGUACCUCAUCGACGAACCUGAUAAUUUAAUCGCGGGCGACGACGCGAAAAUGAUCGCCGAAGAUAGUUCCAGAGAUGCGACCCUGGAGUCUAUGGCCGACGUAGACGACGACAGGUCCAGCCCGGAGCGCCACGCCGAGCUGUUCUGGGAGUCCAACUCGGCCUCCGAACGCUCCGAGAGCCGGCGGCCUCUCGACUUCAGCAGCGACAGCGACAAAUGUUGCAAGAGUCCGUCCUUCGACGAGACCAACUCGACGGACUCGAGCGGCGUCGGCGCUCACAUGAGGCUCGACUCCGUGAUUAAAGAGGCGCGGGGCCGGGACAGCGGCGACGGGUCGUCGGCCGACGACGCGCAGCCGCCGCCGCGCACGUACCCGGCGGCGCGCGCGCAGCACGCGGCGGGCGGCGCGCGCAGCCUGUCCGGCAAGACGCGCGCCGGCGAGCAGCAGGACGGCCACGAGCUGCGGCGCCGCGCGUCCGGCCGCGGCGUGGUGAAGCGCGGCUGCCACUGCUGCAACGGCUCCCCCUCCCCCUCCCCCUCCCCCGCGCCGCCCCGCCCCAAGAAGCCGCGCCAGCGGAAACCCACUCUGGACUUCAACACCGACAACUGAGCCGCGGUCUCCGCUCGACUGAUAUGCGAUCUCAACCGCGAGGUUCCGACUCUUUUCUAGCUGUAAUAUAAUAAAGUUGUUGAAUUGUUUUGUAUAUAAUUUUUAUAUGUAAGUAAGCGUUAGGUCCGUUCGCGGCGGAUCCGGUGAGUGAUUUAUUUUGUUGAUGUUUUAGUUUUAAGUUCAAGUGGUCGAUUUCUAGAUGUUAAAAGUAUGAUUUUCCGCGAUGUCUCGUCGCCGGUCAGUUCAAAUAGGGUAUCUUAUUUUUUUUAACGGCGCGUACCGAAUGAUUUGUGAGACUUUUGUGUUUGAUUGUUAAAAUUUCCUUCGUGUAAUAUAUCCGUAUACAUAUUGUAUUGAUAUGUACUUGUAUAAAAAUGUAUUUCUAUAGGUGACCUCCAUUUUAGUGUAAGCGUUUCCGAUAGUGAUUACGGGCCAUACUCAUUGUGAAUUUAUUCCUUUACGCAUUAAAUGUAACUUUAAUUUUACGUGUAGUCGUGUUUUUCGCUCAGCGUGUCUCGUUUCAUCCAUCCGUACGUCCCGAUAACUGUAUCAUACCGUAGCUUAAGUCAACUUAAGUUGAUUACCAACUUCCAAGGGAAAACUGCACAAAAUGAUUUUUAACGUACGUCUGACUGCGAUUUAUUUUUGAGACUUGAUUUUUCUAAAAAAACGAUCGGUGCCAAACCGUAGUCGAAUCUGCGCUUGCGUUCCGUGGACGCUGCUCCUUAAACUGGUUUAACUAGAGAAUAUGUUGAUUUAGUGUGAAUUUGGUAUUCAUAGUGUAAAAGUAAAUUGUGUAAAUAAUAGAUUUUGUCCCCCAAUUUUGUCUCGGGGACCGUCUAGUCACUAUACCGGUAAUAAUAGUAUAAAUGUGUUGAUUCUGGCCGAGAUAGGUCUAAAUCCAACAGGCAUUGCGCAGUAUUGAACUAUUGACGCUUUUGUACAUAAUACCCGAGUUUUGAGCAGCGCAGCCACUCGGGUAAGGCAUUGUACAUAAAAAGAAUGUGUUAACAUAAGCCUUACGGCCGUAUUAUAGUGAAAUAUAAUGUAACAGGCGUAUUUACGCCCGACUCAAUAUAAUCCAUAGUUCAGAAGUUACUUCAGUAGACGUAUAAAUAGUGUAUUGUUUAAUGUGAGAUAGUUUCUUAUCGUCGAGCCCUGAGGCAAUAUUUUCUCGGAUUUAUGACUAGAGGCACUUUUAUCGGUCUUUCGAGAAAUUGUCAUCAUUUUUCCGGGUAUCCGCCAUUUUUAAAAUUAAGGUUCAAAUUUUGUAUAAUCAAAUUGUUAUUGUUCAGUGGGCGACGGCUCCACGAUAUUAUCUACGAUUUCAGUAUUCCUUUAUGUUAUUUUCCACAUACUUACAUAAGUAGAAGUAUAUAAAAAUUAUAGAUAUACAAUGGAACUAACUGUGUAUAGGUUUCAUCGUUUAUUUUUAAAUCACCAGAUUGUGUUUCCGUGAAUUUAUGUGAACAUUAUUUUUUUUAAAUGCUAAAGAGAAAAUGAUCAUUAAAACUUAUCUAUUAAAUAA